AUGACCAACGUUUGUGUAUCUGACGAUGGGCUACACAACAGACACUGUGAUCAUGGCAACCAUAGUAUCCCAACAUGCGAGAGUACUUCACAAUCAAUCAAAUCUGAUGAUCGCAAGAAUCCUGGAAACCACUGCCUGGAAAACCAUUGUGUGAAUCCCCAAAAAGAUGACUUAAGUGACAACAAAAUAGGCAUCCCAGAGAAAAAUUGCUGUGCUUGUACACACCGAAAUGAGAAGGCUCACUUAGGAAGUAAAAUGCAUGUUGCAGAAGGCUAUCGACACGUGCAUUCAACCAUCAACUCUAGUUCGGCUUUGGAUAACAGACGUAUAGGUGGAUGUUGUGACAGCUUCAGGAAGGAAUGCUGCGUCAAGAAUGGACACUAUGGAUGUACAUUAAGAGAGAGCCUAUCAGAAAUUGUCAUUGAGUAG